CCUUAUCUCCACAUUCACACACAACACCUUCACCAACUGCUAGAUUCUCCUCCAAUCCUUCCUUUUCCACUUGUCCCAAUAGCUUUUUUUCCACCAUUAGUUACCUCUAUUAACACUUUUGUUGCUAUAAUAUGAUUUGAUUAGGAUGAAAUUAUAGAUAGAUUGAGACAUAUUUGGGAUAAAUUUGUAAAAGAAAAGGGAUAAGUAUUUCAAGAUACUCCCAGAAAAAAGAAGUUAACAUCACUAGUUGAGAGUUGUCUUUUGUUAUUGGUGGCUCCAUAAAAAUCCAAUCUUUUUUGUUCCGUACACAUUGUUGAUAUUUGGAUUAUGCCCUUUUGUGGGUAGCAUCAGAUCAGAGAAGAGAAGGGAAGAAGGGAAGAAAAAAGAGGUAACAAAAACAAUGAAAAUUCAGUGUGAUGUGUGUGAGAAAGUUCCAGCAACAGUGAUCUGUUGUGCAGAUGAAGCAGCUCUGUGUGCAAAAUGUGAUGUGGAGGUUCAUAGUGCUAACAAGCUUGCAAGCAAACACCAGAGGCUUCUCCUUCAAUGUCUCUCUAACAAGCUUCCAAGAUGUGAUAUUUGCCAAGAUAAGCCAGCUUUCAUAUUCUGUGUCGAAGACAGAGCACUCUUCUGUAAGGAUUGCGACGAACCAAUUCAUUUAGCUGGCAGCCUUUCUGCGAACCACCAGAGGUUUCUUGCUACUGGAAUUCGGGUGGCUUUGGGUUCUAAUGACUGCUCCAAAAGUGAUGAGAAAAGCCACUUGGAACCAUCUAAUCCAGCUGCGCAACAAGUUCCAAGGAAAGUUCCUUCUCAGCAAUCGCCUAGCUUCACUCCCCCUAGCUUUUGGGCAGUUGAUCAACUAUUGGAUUUACCAGAGUUUGGAUCACCAGAGAAAAAACAAGCAGACGAAUUUGGAGAGUUGGAAUGGUUAGCAGAUGUUGGUAUCUUUGGUGAACAGUUUCCUCAGGAAACAUUAGCUGCAGCUGAAGUUCCUCAGCUUCCUGUGUCACACACUAGCACUCUUGCACCAUACACUUUUAAAGCCACUAAUAAAUCUUACAUGUCUAGCAAAAAGCCUAGGAUCGAAGUCUUAGGUGAAAUAGAUGAUGAGCAUUUCACUGUGCCUGAUCUAGGCUAAGAUAAAUAAACCACAACAAUGGUCAGUAGUAGUGUUUUCAUUAAUGUGCAGUGUUAGAUUUGAUGACGAGUUGUAUGUUAGUAACGGUCAUACUUCUCUGAGGAAAAUAAGAGGAGUUGUGUUAUAUGUAAUCGUCGUCCCUCGCACGCCGAGCGGAUUCACUCUUAUGGUAGAGGAGAAUAAGCUGGCUUGGUGUAUAGGAAAAAGUUGAGUACAGAGAACAUUUCUCUAGUAAGAACAGAAGUAUGUGUUCACAUGCUUUGUGGACUAUUGGAUUUUGAUGAAAUGCUAUAAUUUUAGUGUCUUAAA